AUGCCUUCCCGAAAUUGCGUCGCCCAGUUGGAGCACCAACACCAAGUUUGUGACGACGACAACACCGACUUGGCGGUGGAGGAGAGCUACUUUUCCAAGGGAACCGCGCUGUACAUUAUUUCGGAGCAUGACUAUGGCAGAGAGAGCUCAUUGAUCCCGCUCCCGGCCACCCACGACGUCUGCGCCCAACCAACAAAGUCGACGACCAUUCUUCCUCACCGCAUUGGGGCCCCAGUCCUCCCGCUUCCUCAGCGACAGCCGCGCUCGCUCAUGGCCACCCUCGCAUAUGCCCAGCAGCCAGCGCACAACAUGGCCUCCUACGAGCUGGAGCCGCCCGACCUGACCAACUCGAAGUCCUCAAAAUCCUCCAGCUUUCACUCGGAGACUCUCUCCGACUACAUGGGCCCGAGCGACCUCUCGCACUUCGAGGAGAUCAACCUCGAUGGCGUCAGUGGGGGACCAAAUGUUUUCCCCAUGUCCACGAGCCCGGACCACCGCGUCGUCUACGAGGCCCGCAGCAUAUCGUCCUCAUCGCUCUCGAGCAUCCGCAGCGCACCGCUGCCACACCCAGCACAACAUUCAUUCCGCGACCUGACCGGCCGGAAACCGCAGUAUCCGAGCUUAAAAGGCCCAGUCAACCAUGCUGUACGACAGCAACCGCAGCAGUUGGCGCCGGGGAAGAUAAGGAGGGGGUUCACGUCGCCGUCGGCACCAUCAUUACAGACCAUGAACCUGGCAGCACCCAGACGCUCGUCACGAUCACCGUCUCCCUCGAGUGCACACACAUCAGCACCACGCACACUCUCACGGAAGAGCUCGCGGACACUGGAUGUCCUGCCUUCACCCUCGGUCAACGCCCGGAGACAGUCAUGGCAGGAUGCAAAACGCAAAACAGUCAAGGAGAGGGAGGCAGAGUGCGACGACGAGGAUGAUGAGCUGCCAGAGGAUGCUGUUAUCUGGAACAUUCCUAUCUCGCCACGGCCUGCCCAGGAGCGAUCACCGGCUCCGUCGACAAGUGGCAGCCCGCCGCAACCAUCGCCAAUCGGCAGCACAGCUAGUGCCGGACCUUCAUCUGCGAGGACAUCGCCGGCGCCCAACUCACGAUUUCCACAACUACCAUCUCCAAACACACUGGGUAGGACUGAAUCACCACCCACAUUAGAAAGACAGCGCACGCACACAUGGCAGGACACAUAUGGCUCCCUCGACCCGGAUGCGAAGAAGUUGACAGAGGCGCUGGAGGAGUUCCAGGUAGAAUUUGAGCGGAAACAAGAGAUCAAGCGCCAGCAGCCGGGGCUGGCAAGAUCGACCUCGCUGAAUGAGCCGGAGUCGAAAUCGAAAAAGACCACACUGCCGCCUAUCCGCAAGAGCGAUCCUCUGAUUGACCCGUUCCAGCCAUCUGCUGAGAAGCAGAAGUACCUUUCGCGCACUCGUCCUUCGUGGCUACCACCCAAGAACCCGAAGGAGGAGAAGAAGCACCUGAGAGAGUACCAGCGGAUGCUGGCACGGAUCGAAGAAGCUGAACGCCUUGAAGCACAACGCGCUCAAGACGAGGCACUUGCCCACGAGAAAGCCACCCGCAUCAAAGCAGAGUACUGGUCGAAUCUACUACUUCCCAACUGGGCUACCGAGAUGACAAAACCAGAGCUCCGCGCUUCGCACAGGAAAAUGUGGUGGAACGGCAUUCCUCCGCAGUUACGAGGGCAAGUGUGGUCAAAGGCAGUAGGGAACGACCUCGAGGUCACAGACGGCACCUUCAAGAUCGCGCUAGAAAAAGCGCAGAAGGAGAUCAAGCAAUUGGGCACCGAAGCACUGGACGGCCGGUACGCACAAAUCCUCGAGAAUACACGCUCAGUCUUCCCUGAGCUGAAGAUGUUCGCCGCUCCCUCCACACCGACCGCAAACGACGAGCAGCCUCUGCAUCAGGACCUCUUAAACGUCUGCUUAGCAUACGCGACCUACCGCCCCGACAUAUCCCACAAGGAGAACGGCAUCCACCAUACUGCCGCGCUGCUCCUGCUCAACCUCCCCGCACCACAGACUUUUAUCACUUUAUCAAAUCUGCUUAACAGGCCACUCCCGCUUUCAUUCCUUGUUCAAGAUCCGAACGCUAUUCACGCCGCAUACUCAACCACGCUCCAUGCACUCUCGAAGAAAUCGCCCAGCCUUGCAAAGCGGCUGGAGAACCUCCGCGUCGAGCCAAGAGACUACUUAUACCACAUGUUCAGCAGCCUGUUCUGCGGACGUCUGGGCAUCGAGCAUGCAGCGCGAGUCAUGGAUGUGUAUGUCAUCGAAGGCGACAAGAUCCCGCCACGGGUCGCGGUCGCAAUCUUGCUGGUGCUCGAGGGGAGCUGCAUGGAGGGCGAGAAGAGCGUAGUGGAAAAAGUGCUGAGUGAGAAGAAGGUCGACUGGGACGUCAAUGAAUUCAUGGUGAGGGUUUACGAGGCGGGGAAGAUGAGCUCGUGA